AUGGGAUCAGAACAACCCUCCGGUGAGGUUGGUGAGUCCGCCAAGGAUCGGCUCGACAGGCUGAGGUGUCUGGUACAGAAGUUCCUGGACGAUGACGACGUGCCACAAGAAUCCGCGCCUUUGCUCCAAGAAUGCACAGAGGUAUGGGCUAGCUACGUAGACGCAUGUCAUGAUAUAGCCGUGCGGGCCCCCAGGGAAGACAUGAACCAUCUGUCGAGGGCGUUCCUCCGAUUGAAUGAAACGGCGUUCAUAUAUUACAUGAUUGUACACGCCAUCUUGAAAGACACUCUCCCGAACUUGGACGGGUUUCCAAGCACUAUUGCCAACAGCGCCAGGAGCUCGUAUCGAGAAAGAAUGCAACUACUGCAAAAUGACCCAAAAAUUGAGCAAAUUCGCAACGUUAUUGAAAACUACCCUAAUUUGACGCCCUUGCCAAGCAUAGAACCUAGCAAAUUGAGCUCAAUGUUGCGUUUCCACGGCGGCAGCAUCUUGGUCAUUGACAUACGGCCCAGAUCUGAAUUCAUAAAGGCCCAUAUUAAGUGCAAAAACAUUAUAUGUAUCGAGCCUGUUUCGUUUAAGGACUCUUUUACGGAUCAGCAAGUGGGAAAAAUCUCUCUGGCCACUUCGCCACAGUCGGAGAUCGAUCUAUUCUCGAAUAGGGACACAUUCAAGUACAUUGUUCUGUAUACUGAUACCCAGUUGUACGGGGAUUUCCACCAAAGACAAACUCGCAUUCUGACGAAGAUUUUGUGCCAGCAUUCUGUCCUUAAGCCACUAGGUGGGACGAAAGUUCUUAUAUUAGCAAACGGGUUUUCAAACUGGGUUAAACUAGGCGGUGCCUACCAAUCAUUUACCCCUGACCCAGCACAACUGACGUCGUCGUCUUCAACACCAUCUUUUGGCAAUCCGCGCGUAUCUGCAGAAUUGUUUAACCAGAGAUCCCAUUCUCCACCCAAAUGUAAGAGUCCCUCCUUGAUUGUAAUGAACACGCAAUCUCAACCUUUACAGGUAACCGCCCAGACUCCUCAAUUGCCCUUAUACUAUCCAGAAGUGCCCACUAUCUCAAAAUCAAGACCCGAUAAAAACUCUUCGGCCUUUCAAAGUCUCAGUUCUCAUCCUUUAAUCGCCCUUCCAAAAGUAAACUCUUCGUCAUUAUUCCCAACUAAGGUUGACGGCAUAGAAAAACUAUCCGCAAAUGUUCGUAAUCAACAGAUUGAUCCUUAUUUGCCCUCGGCAUCUAAUGUAAUCCCGCCACGUAUUCCGCCUUUACCACAACAGAAUUUAUCACCACCAAAACACGCCAUUUUUAACAACUCACAAGCGUUUGAUCUCGAUUUUAUUGUAGGAUUAGAGAAUAUGGGUAAUUGCUGUUACAUGAAUUGUAUACUUCAAUGUUUGGUGGGGACACAUGACUUGACUCGAAUGUUUUUGGACAACACCUAUUUGAAUUUCAUCAAUUUUGGUAACACAAGAGGCUCCAAGGGAUUACUUGCUAAAAAUUAUGCCACUCUGGUCCACAAUAUGCACAGACAUGGUGCUUUUAAGCCUCCCCACUCAAGAACAACCCCAGUGCAGACCCUUCAGUUUAAAAAAGUUUGUGGCCACAUUAAUUCCAUUUAUAGUGAUUCGAUGCAGCAGGAUUGUCAGGAAUUUUGUCAAUUUUUACUUGAUGGAUUGCAUGAAGAUUUGAACCAGAAUGGCGGGAAAAAGCAUCUUAAACAGUUGUCUGAACAGGAAGAACGAAUGAGAGAGAGUAUGUCCAUACGGAAAGCUAGUGCUCUUGAGUGGGAAAGAUUUCUACUUACCGACUUCAGUGCAAUAAUCGACUUGUUCCAAGGGCAAUACGCAUCUAGACUUCAAUGCCAAGCCUGCGAACAUACUUCUACAACCUAUCAAACAUUUUCUGUUCUUUCUGUUCCUGUUCCACGUAUUAGAACCUGCAAUAUAUUGGAUUGCUUUAGGGAAUUCACUAAAUGCGAAAAGUUGGGUGUCGAUGAACAAUGGUCGUGUUCCAAAUGCCUGAAAAAACAACCUUCCACCAAGCAGCUCAAGAUUACCAGGUUGCCAAAAAAACUAAUUAUUAACUUGAAAAGGUUUGAUAAUCAAAUGAAUAAAAACAACGUGUUUGUACAAUAUCCUUGUUUCUUGGAUCUCACACCAUAUUGGGCCAGAGAUUUCAAUCAUGAAUCCAUAGUCAAUGAAGAUAUCCCCACUAGAGGCCAAAUCCCACCAUUUAGAUAUAGACUGUAUGGAGUUGCAUGUCAUUCAGGAAGCUUAUAUGGUGGGCAUUAUACUUCGUACGUCUACAAGGGACCCCAGAAAGGUUGGUAUUUUUUCGAUGACUCAGUAUAUUGCCCCAUAAGGUUCAACGAUGAGUUUAUUACACCUAAUGCAUAUGUUUUAUUCUACGAAAGAAUAUUUUGA